UUAUUUUACAUCGACAUUCGUGUAGUGUAGAGAAUUUUUACAAGUCGCAAAGCAAUUUUGUGCACAUCUUCACUCCAGCUAUGACUUCAUUUAUUGAGCGAGAAAGCAAAUACACAAAGAAAGCAGUUUAUGAUGAUUCAUCAACAGCGGCAUGGCGGUGUGUCUUAAACUGGUUCGGAUGAUAAUCGGAGGAGGUGUACGCUGAGUUUUAACUUUAAUUCUGAUGGCAUUGGUAUUUAUGAACACUAAGCAACAAAGCUAAAAAAUCAUGUGUGGCAAGCAUGCCUGGAAACAUUCUAAGUAUCUAACGUAGGCUAAAAACAUGAUUGUGCUCACUAUUAUCUUAAUGCUGUUUAAUUAUAAACAAUUCAAAUGUUUCAUGUUUAUAAACUCAUAUAUACGUACAUUUUGCCAUGCAUAGUUUGUAAUCUAUUUUCAGAUCGAAUCAUCAUCAAACCAAAAAGAAACCAAUCGAAACCAACUACAGCUACGACAUUUAACACAACUUUCUAAUUAAUAUAAUUUUUUAUAAAUUCACAUAUACAUAUAUAUAAUAUUCAUACAUUGUAUAUUUCAUAUAAAUUUAAAAUCGAAAAGACAUUUGUUUGCUAUGUUGAAAAAAAAAAUUAAAUAUUUUUGACUAACCAAAUGUUCUCCUCUUCUAAUAGCGCCCAAAUAUCAAACGGCAUACGCCUGCGAAGGUAAGAAACUAACAAUAGAAUGCGAUCCAGGCGACCUGAUCAACUUGAUACGUGCAAAUUAUGGACGUUUCUCGAUAACGAUAUGCAACGAUCACGGCAAUGUCGAUUGGAGUGUGAAUUGUAUGUUUCCAAAGAGUCUGACCGUCUUGAAUUCAAAAUGCGCCCACAAACAAAGCUGCAGCGUGCUGGCAACAACGAGCAUGUUUGGCGAUCCUUGUCCGGGUACGCACAAAUAUCUCGAAGCGCAUUACCAAUGCAUAUCGGCGGCACAAACAUCAACUACAACAAAUCGUCCCAGUCCACCAUGGGUUUUGGCGAAUAACCCACCAUUACUGGCAAAUGGCAGCACGUUAAUUAAUCCGAGUGCGCCAUUGCAACCACAAGGACCAGGUCGCUUGCCACUACCUAGUAAUGGUGGCCUGCCGGGUUCAAAUGGCAUGUGGCAUACAAUACCGCCACCAACGCCGGGACCGCCGCAACCCACAUUGCCUAGCGGGCGCAUAAAAGGUAGCAGCUAUAACACAACGGUGAUAAAGAAUGCCAAUCGACAUGACGGUUUACCACCACCACCGCCGCUGCAUCAUCAUCAUCACACUGGUCAUCAUGCAGCGACGCCUGUGGAUGGCGAUAGCACGGCAGGCAAUACGCGACCAACAGCGAAAAAUGACGUGGCUACACGUAUACCGAACACAAAUCAAACCAAAACGCAUGCGGCUCCGUCCAAUACCACCAACGCGCCCAAUACACGCAUACUCAGCGGUGUUGGUGGCAGCGGCACAGAUGAUGGCACCUUACUAACCGCAAAAACGCCACAAAAUCGUGGCAGCCAACAACAGCAAAGUACGUCAACACAACAACAUGCUACCGGCAAUAGCAAUGUCCUGGGUAACCACAACAACGGUGAUGCUGGUAACAACGGUAUACGCACUAUCAACAAUAUAAACAAUCUCAAUAUGGGUUUGGGUGCCAUUGCUGAGGAUGAGUCAAAUAUGUACUGUGGACCGACAAAUGCGCGUAAUCUCUUCUGGAAUAUAACUCGUGUUGGCGAUGUGAAUGUGCAGCCAUGUCCUGGUGGCGCUACUGGCAUAGCGAAAUGGCGUUGUGUACUCAUGAAGCGCAUCAAUUAUAAAAUUGGUGAAGAUAGUAUGACCGCAGAGACCACUACAAUGCGUACGAUAGCACGUGCUAAUUGCAGUAGUAAUAAUGGUAAUAGUAGUUGUGAGACAGCUGCGGAUCGUUUGAAUCAACGCAUUGGCAAUUUUGAGCCCACUUGGCAUCCCAUAACGCCCGAUCUGACGCAAUGUCGCAGCUUGUGGCUGAAUAGUUUGGAGGUGCGCGUAAAUCAACGUGAAUCUUCAGUUAUAUCCAUAGCUAAUGAUCUUUCCGAGGUUACCAGUAGCAAGACUUUGUAUGGUGGUGACAUGCUUGUCACUACUAAAAUCAUAGAAACUAUGUCCGAGAAAAUGUUUCACGAUAAAGAAACAUUGCCUGAUCAACGUCAACGUGAGGCUAUCAUUUUGGAACUAUUGCAUGGUGUUGUAAAAACAGGAUCAAAUUUACUGGACGAAUCGCAAUUAUCCUCUUGGAUGGAUCUCAAUCAGGAAGAUCAAAUGCGCGUUGCUACAUCACUACUAACGGGUCUCGAAUAUAAUGCAUUCCUUUUGGCUGAUACCAUAAUACGUGAGCGGAAUAUUGUGCAAAAGGUCAAGAAUAUAUUAUUGUCCGUACGUGUCUUGGAAACUAAAAACAUUCAAAGCAACGAAGUUUUCCCAGAUGCUGAACAGUGGCAAAUAAGUGAUGAUCGCAUUGAGCUGCCGCGUACAGCCCUAAUUGAGAAUAGCGAAGGUGGUCUGGUACGCAUUGUAUUUGCCGCCUUUGAUCGCUUAGAAUCAAUACUGAAACCAACUUACGAUCAUUUUGAUACAAAAAGUUCACGCAGUUACGUACGCAACACCGCUUUACUAGCAAGUGAACGGAAUUAUUCAGCGGUCACUGCAGAUUUGCAACAACAACGCAUACGUAUACUCAAUAGCAAAGUCAUAUCAGCGAGUUUAGGUAAGGGCCGACAUACACAACUAUCACAACCGAUCAAGCUGGUGUUACGUCAUAUCAAAACGGAAAAUGUAACCAAUCCGACAUGUGUAUUUUGGAACUAUAUCGAUCACGCUUGGUCAGCGAAUGGCUGUACUUUGGAGUCUACAAAUCGCACGCACAGCAUUUGCAUGUGUAAUCAUCUGACCAACUUUGCCAUACUCAUGGAUGUCAUGGACGAGCACAAUCAUUCACUAUUCGGUGUUUUCGAUGGCAAUAUGCGCAUAUUCAUCUACAUAAGCGUCGCCAUUUGUUUGGUUUUCGUUGUUAUUGCCAUACUGACGCUGAAGAUCUUCAAUGGCGUUUUUAUCAAGUCUGCGCGCACUUCCAUCUAUCGCAGCAUUUAUAUAUGUCUAUUUUCCAUUGAAAUUCUUUUCCUAAUUGGCAUUGAGCAGAAUGAGACGAGUAUACUUUGUGGGUUCACAACAGUUUUUCUACAUUGUUCAAUACUAGCAGCGAUUGCGUGGUUCUGUUUCGAAGCAUUCCAAUCAUAUUCCACACUAACCACCGAUGAUAUGUUACUCGAGGUUGAUCAAACUUCCAAAGUGAAUUGUUACUAUUUGCUCGCUUAUGGUGUAACACUAACAAUUGUGGCCAUUUCAUUGGCCAUUAAUCCCAAUACAUACACACAGAAUGACUUUUGUGUUCUAAUGGAGGCCAAUUCAUUGUUUUAUGGGAGUUUUGUGGCGCCUGUCAUGUUGUACCUACUGGGCGCCUUGGGUUACACCUUUUUAUCGUGGGUCAUCAUGUGUCGCAAAAGUCAUACAACAUUGAAGAAUAAAGAGCAUACGAGGCUCGCUAAUGUGCGCUUCGACAUACGUUGCUCCUUCAUCUUUCUCCUACUACUAAUCGCCGUUUGGAUAUCCGCCUAUUACUACCUACGUUUGUCCAAAAUGGAAGAUGAGCUGGCCGUCGUAUGUGGUUAUCUUUUCAUUAGCUUUAAUACUCUAAUGGGAUUGUAUAUAUUCGCCUUCCAUUGCAUACAAAAUGAGAAAAUUCGUCGGGAAUAUCGCAAAUAUGUGCGCCAAAAUUCUUGGCUGCCAAAGUGUCUGCGCUGUUCGAAAGCCUCGAUUUCAUCGGGUAUAGUUGGCAAUAAUGGUAUUGGCGGCAGUAAUUUGGGUACAGGCAACGGAGGUGGUGGUGGCGGCGGCACUCUAUCCGGUCCACAUCGCGGCACAAUUAGUGGUGUACAAAUGAAAAAGACCAAACUGCCUGUAGGCAGUGAAGGUUUAGUGUCCGACGAAACGGGCGGCAUAAUAUCCGCCGGCGAGGAUGCCAUUAUAGCCUCGUCCGAUUGUGAAUUGAAUGAUCCAUGUAAUUUGUCAUCAACUGGUGAUGGUGAUGUCGACGUAGUGAAAGGUGUUGGUGUCAGCGGCGGCAAUAUGACUCUACAGCAGCACAGCAAAGGUGGACACUCCAUCAUUGAUGCCAUGCAGGGACACAUUGUGCUGGAACGUGGUGGUGGUGGUGGUGGCGCAAAUGCCAUGCAUUCAGUUAGCGGCAGCGGUGGUUUGCGCACACCCAGUGCCGGUCAUACAUCACCCACUUCAUCGGCUGGUUCGACGCAUCUCAUUUUCGGUGGACAAAAGCAGCAAAUGAUUGGCGCAGGAGUGGCGUCAGCGGGUGGUGGGCCGCAAGAGGCGUACUACCAUCAACCUGACUACUAUGGUUGGAAGCAGCAAAUGGGUAGUAGUAAGCCGGGCGGUGGCAAUAAUGCGAUGAGUCUGGCACAGGCGCGCGACUACAUGGGCAACGCUGCAGCACCACAGCAAGCUCAUGAGUUCUUUUAUUGGACGCAAAAGCAUCAACCGCAUGGUAAGAAGAAGCGCGGCAGCGGUAUUGGUGGGGAAUCGCCGAGCGGUUCGUUGCAUAGUCGCACAACAGCGGCGUCACAGCAAAUACUUUUCUAUCCGUCGUACAAGAAGACAACACUGAAGCAACAACAGCUUCAGCAACAACAACAGCAGCAGCAGCAGCAGUAUCCGCAUUACGAUGAAGCGGUCGGCGCCGCAGCUUAUUACCAACAACAGCAGCAGCAGCAGCUCCAACAACAUCGCCGCCAUGCAUCAGCGGCCAUGAUGCAACAACAAUUAUCGUCCGAUGAGGAACAACUGGAUCAAGCAGCUGCAGCACAUGCGCAUCUCUUGCAUUUAGGACGACGAGCUGGCUCACAACUACCACCACCACCAGCGCCUGCAUCGCACGCCUACCACUAUCCGCAUUCGCAUCAUUCGCCCGAAUUUAUGGGCGCUGCACAUACGCCUACACAGCGUUACUAUAGAAAUAAACGUUCCAACUGUGAUCUCAGCCAUGAGGAGUACGACCCGAGCGGACGGGCGGGCAGCGAACAGUACUACAAUCAAAACUCAAUGGGCGGUGAUGGGCCAGUCUAUGAGGAAAUCCUCAGUAAUCGUAAUUCGGAUGUGCAACAUUACGAAAUGGAUUUAAAUAUGUAUGGCGUUGCGAAUGAUGAUGAUGAUGACGACGAAGAUGAGCGACGCGCGUGUAAUGAUGAUGAGUUAGAAAACGAACGUAGUAGUGCCAUGCGACGUGCGCUUAGACAGCAACAUCUGAGACAACGACAUCACUACGAAGCGGCGCGAAAUGGUGUGAUAGGCGGUGGUGGAGUUGGCAACAACGGUGGUGGCAGUCGUUAUGGCCACGCGGAAAGUGGAGCGUCCAGCGAAGAGGACGACGAUGACGAUGAUGAGGAGGAGGCGGAGUUUGAAAGCGCGCAACGUCGUGGUUUGCCGCAGGGUGAUGAGCGUAUGCGGCGAUUGAUCGCAAUGCAAGACGAAGAGUUUCAGCGGCGGUUUCAAAGGCAACGGAAGAAAGGCGAAGGCGCAUUAAAUGACAAACCGGCGACAGCAUACUUUGAUCAUCACAACGCGCCAGCACCAAGCGGCAGUAGUAGUGGCGGUGGUGGUGGUGGUGUUGGCGCGACGGUUUUUGGCAUUAGCGGCGGUGGCAGUGGCGGCGCGGGAUCCAUACGUGCCAUAAAGAAGAUCUCACCGAAUAAUCGAAUAGGUGGUGUGCAUGAGUUAUUCACCACGACUCAUGGCAACAACAGCAGCGGCGGCGGCAGCGGCUUUGGGCCGCCCUUACCGCCAGCCAAUCAGCACCAGCAACAGCAGCAGCAUCAGCAGCAGCUAUAUCCCCUACCCAAGAGGCAACAGUUGUCGCCAACAACACUAACGGCAACAGCUACAGCAACAACACCGUCAUCGUCGCACCCACAACCGAUCAUCGGCCGUAAUAUAUCGGCAAUGCUGGAUGAGAACAACACAGUACGUUGUUAUCUGGAACCAUUACCCAAAUGAAGGAAGCAUCAGGCUGGUGUAAUGUUUUUCCAAGAAAAAAACUGGUCUAAAGUAUUGAGAAAGGUAAAUUUUCAGCACUCCUUUAACCACUGAAAGGGUAAGAACUGGUCUAAAGUAUUUUGAUAAAGAAAUUUUCGGCUCUCCUUUAAUUGUGCAAAGAAAAAACUGGUCUAAAAUAUUAUGAAAGAAUCUUUCAUUACUCAUUUAAGUAUUUUGAGAGGAAAAAUUUUCAGCACUCCUUUAAUUAUUGAAAGAAAAAACUGGUCUAAAAUAUUAUGAAAUAUAAAAUUUCAGUAAAC